UAUCCCAUUAGCAACCGCUUAAGGUGGAUUGUAUCGGGCGGGAGUGUGUUUUUUGUUGUUGUCUUUCUUUCUUUCUUUCUCCACUGAAUGUGUGCGCUGGGUUUAUUGCCUUUCUUCCUGUGGUGUAUUUUGUUCCUUCAUCCGUGGGGGUGGGAGGUGUUUUUUUUUUUAAGAAAAACUUUUCCCACUGUUGGCUUUGGUGCCAAGAGGGUAUUUUGCUUUCGCCCGAUGAACCCCAUGAAAUCCAUACCGGCACACAUUAUUAAGCUGUCAAGCAAACUAAGUGUGAGACAAAAACAUUAAUCAGAUAAUGGCAUCACUUUCAUUGGCAUCAUAAUUAGUCAAGCCAUGUCAUACUUCUAUCGAAUCGUACGUCUGCUGCUAGCUGGUAGCUUGUUUGCCAGAGCGCACUAUGGUUCGUCUUAAACGCUCUGCGAUCGGUUCGGCUUCGUGUUGCAGUGGUAACGCGGUCGGCCUCCUGCACCGCACGUCGUGGGUGCAAAUCUCGGUCAUAUCGCGUUUAAAAACAGCUGCCGCCGCCUUGUUUUCCUGAUCCUCAAUUUAGUAGCAGGGAAGAGCGUUUAGAAAAUAAGGAACAUUAUUAUCUCCUCUAUUUUUGAGAGCACUGAAGCGAAUGGCGCAAGGGGAUGCACUUUAAAUCCACCGAAAAAAAAAGAAUUGGACCAAGAAUAGAUAUGGGGCCAGUAUGUUGUGUGUUGAGGUUGGCGGGGGGGAAUGGGGAAGUAAGACACGCACGCAGGCUGGAACAAAAAUAGCGAAAAUAGGCGGCAAAAGGUCUCUUUUAAAAGCCGGUCUUUAAAAGAGGAUCAUCCAACAUGAGAGAUCGCUGCUGCUGCCCUUCCACCAUCUCCCUCUGCAGCGCAGCUCUGCCCAGUGCCGAUGCUUGAUGAAGCUGAUUUAAUUGUCCGUGUACCCAUUUCCCCACAUGCCGAACCGCAGCACUCCAGGGUUCGUCAUCAAGCACGUUAUAGCAAAAUGGUAUAUAUUUAGGUGCCCCGGCGAUAUAUUGUUUUCAUGGUGGCGUGGAGGACCGUUCCACUUCUAGCCCGAUGAUGGAGGUACCUUGCACAACGCUCCACAAGAGGUUUGGAUCGGAUUGGGGGUUUUUUUUGUUUCUCCCAGGGAAACUUUUUGGAUGAUGGAUUCACGAGAUAAACUUUGCUUGUGUGUGAGUGUGUGUAGUUUUUUGUUCAUUCAUCUUUUAAUUUCCAUGGGGUGAAAGUGGAGAAAUGAAUCGAUUGUGAAAAUUAAAAACCAUUCAGCAACACACAUUUAUGUUGCGAUUGAUGGUGAUUGUUUGCUACUCCACUGCCUUCACUUCCUUUACUGCCUGUUGUUGUUGCUGCCUUUUUUUGGAAAUGUUGUAAUGAUUUCUCUCGGUCGGAAUAAACUGACACGGUUCCAACGCCAACUCGAAACGAUACGAAGCCCUUCGGCCCUUAAGGUUGAAUGGAGUUGAUGCGUUUUCCCUGCUGCAGACCAACUGCGUCAAUAAAUACGUACGAAAGUGAAUUGAAUUAGUUCGGUUCCGGUACGAGAAAAACAAACCAGCCUACGAAAGGGCAAAGUGAAAUUCAAUUAUAGCGAAUCAUGUUUAAGAAGUAGUCCAUUUUUUGUUUUGCUCCAUCUAGAAACGAUCAGCAGUUUUCAAAUCAAACCGAAGGAGGCUCUAAAAUGUAUCAAGUUCUUUAAAAUCUUAAAGUGCACUUCUUCAUGUGGAUGGAUGUUUAGAACCUUCAUUCUAAAGUCUAGCCAUACAUUGGUGUGUCAUGCUCUCUCAAGCUGUAAGCGAAGAAAUUUCUCGUGUUCUAGCUUUUUCAACUCAUCGUGGCAGGUUCUAAAGUGCAUUGACUUUACAACUGCAAGUUUCAUUUUCUGGAUGUCGGAAGGAUGUUUUGAAAUGUCUAUAGGUCAAUAACUAUCUUUUUCAUGUCGAACGGCUUUUAUUUCCGACAUUGGACAUGUCAGGCACAAUCACUCAGACACUUGCACCAUAGAUGUCUGCUAUUCCGAGAAUAAACCAGAACUUGGUUCGCUUGGUCAGAUGUACGCUUCAAGUGCAAAAGUUGCUGGUGUAGUUCGAAUAUCUACGCGUAAGCUGGGAGACAUCAUAUUCUCAAGAUUCUUUCAAAUGUGCCGGUAGAAAGCAAUUCUAUUGGACAGGUGCCUUAGUUCAUAGACUUUCAGGUUGUUGGAAUCCUGGUAUCGAUGCUUUUAUACGUCUCUGUUGAGAAUGGGGAAGAUAAGGCUACAGGCAAUACAUUUCAUAGCGACAGCUCUCAGAUAUGCUUUGAAGAUACUGGAAACAGUACCUCAGAAGUAACUUCCUCAUGUCCGCAAUCAUCGCAGGCUCCUGGAGUAGAGCGAAUUUCCAAUAGUGCUAAUCCAAUGUCUACAAUCUCUAGUAACAUGUGUACGGCAAGCGCACUUAACGUUCAAGAUUGCUUCAAAACCAAAGAUAUGCAAACUAUCCAACACGCACGCCACGGUGAACUUUUUCUCUCCCUCGUCUACUGCUGGUGCCGUUUGGACGCGUGCAAGGCUCGUUGUUUGUAAAUAUUUUCCAGCUCCCACACAGCAAACCGCUCGGUCUCACCCAGCCCGCUAGCAACUACGGUUCAUCAAACUCCCUACCGUACCGAGGAUAUCGCAAGGCGCCGAGGGCCCGAAAAAAAGGGAUAAUGCCACCGUUGUUGUGCGUUGACGUUCGGCUGUGUAAGGGUGUGCGUGAUGGGCGGUGGAAAAUUGCGCACGCGCUAGGGCUAGCAAUACGAGCGAGCAACACACAAACCCCACAGGAUGUGUGGUGCCGUUCGCAUCCGUCUUUGCCGUCAUCGCUCUCGCGAGCUGCUCUUGCGCGCGCUCUCGUAUCCGUUGCUUUUGUGCAGCUUGUAAAAAGGGAGUGUUAUCGCGGGUGUGCGUGUUUGUGUACGUGUUUUCCCUCUGCAAGAGCGGCGAGGGCUUUACCUACCAGCAACCAACCUAACCAGCGGCAGGAUAAUUGUCACUCAGAGCGAACCGAGCGAGCAGUGUACGUGCAGUGUGAGAGCAGUGCUUGCCCUGCUAAUGUUUUCUUUCUUCUCCCACCGAUGCAGUUUUCAAACCCACCAGGAUUUCCACCACCCAAGCGAAACGUGGCCGUGAGUGAAAAAGGAAAACGGUAGCCAGCAGCAGCAGCAGCAGUAACAACAACAAAACCACAUAAGUCGGUCACGAAAAACUCUGUUGUGCUUCAAAGGUUUGGGAUUUUAUUUGUGUGGCCUAAUGCCUCCCUGGGACGCGCCUAGGUGGUGCAGUGUGAAUGUGCGCGUGUGACCAGUGUGUGGUGCGAACGCUAGUGAUGAUUUAGACGCGCCAUCGAACCGCCCUGCAGAGUCGCCUAGUGCAGUGACGCGAAUGGGACGGCGAGUCCAGCGCGCCACCAACGCCGCGCCCCGGUUGCGAACGUCCCGGGCCCCUUUCGAGCCGAUUCCGCCCUGCCGGAAUUGCGGUACGAGCGCCUCGCCCCGGACGAAACCACUUCAACCAAACAAACUCAAACGACAGCGUGCAGAAACGGCCAUCAAACAGCAGUAGCAGCUGCAGCACCAGUAGAAGACCUGGGACAAUCAACGGAACAGUGGGAACGCGUUGGGACGGGUUGGUCCGAAACUGAAAAGCAACACGUACGCGCCUAGUCUGCGUGUCCCCCAGUGCAGAACGGUGUGUGUGUGUGUGUGGGAGUGUAAGAGAGAGAGAGAGGUAGAGGAGGGCGGGGGUAAAGUAAAGGAAACCAGACACCAGAGGCUCUCAACACCACGUCCACGGAAUACGGAAGCGAACGACGGACAGCGCAAUGGCAGAGCGUGAUUACAUCGGGUUCGCCACGCUGGCGGAGCAGGUGCACCGCAAAUCGGUGAAGCGUGGCUUCGAGUUCACGCUGAUGGUGUGCGGCGAAACCGGCCUCGGCAAGUCGACGCUCAUCAACACGCUCUUCCUGACCGAGCUGUACGCCCAGCGGUCGGUGCCGCCGGUCGAGCAGCGGAUCGAGAAGACGACCCGCAUCGAGAAGAAGACGCUCGACAUCGAGGAGCGGGGGGUGAAGCUGCGGCUGACGAUCGUCGACACGCCCGGCUUCGGCGACGCGGUCAACUGCGAGGACAGCUGGCGCGUCUGCACGCAGUACAUCGACGAGCAGUUCCGCCAGUACUUUACCGACGAGAGCGGGCUGAACCGGCGCAACAUACAGGACAACCGGGUGCACUGCCUGCUGUACUUCGUGCCACCGUACGGGCACAGCUUGCGCCAGCUCGACAUCGAUCUGCUGCGGCGGAUGCACAAGAAGGUGAACAUCAUACUGGUGAUCGGGAAGGCGGACACGCUCACGCCGAAGGAGGUGAAGGCGCUGAAGGGCCGCAUCCUGGACGACAUCGAGACGCACGGCAUCCAGAUCUACCGCUUCCCGGACUGCGACUCGGACGAGGACGAGGAGUUCAAGCAGCAGGACCGCGACCUGAAGGCCAGCCUGCCGUUCGCGGUCGUCGGCAGCAACCAGGUGAUGGAGGUGGCCGGCCGCAAGAUCCGGUGCCGCCAGUACCCCUGGGGCGUGGUGGAUGUGGAAAACCCCGAACACAGCGACGUGGUGAAGCUGCGCACGAUGCUCAUCUCGACGCACAUGCAGGACCUGAAGGAUACGACGCGCGACGUACACUACGAAAACUAUCGCGCCCAGUGCAUCUCGCAGAUCUCGCAGCACGCGCUGCGCGAGCGCAACAAGCUGAAGCGCGAAUCGACCGCCUCGAACCACGAGUUCUCCGACACGGACCGGUUGCUGCUGCAGAAGGAUGAGGAGAUCCGCCGCAUGCAAGACAUGCUGGCGCAGAUGCAGGAAAAGCUAAACUCUACCAGCGUCAACGAUUCGGUCAUCGAUGUUUAGUGCGUGGCAGCAGUGGACGUGGAUGCGCUGCCGGACUAGAUUGCAAAUCCCCACUCAUCCACCACCCAUUAAUACCCGCCGGUCUCUUGGUUAACGUGGCAUUUUCCCUCGCCAAAGUAAAAAAAACCACAACCUCCAUACGCAACGACCAAAAAAAAAAAAGGCCAGCAGACAGGAAGAUCUUUUUUGUUUUUUUUUUUCCUGGGAGGGAAAAAGGGCCACGUGUUCGUGUUCCACCCGACAAACGGAGACGUUAGAAACGUUGCGAUAGAGAAAAAGAAAGAGAGAUAGAAUGAGAGGAAUAAAAGUGUGUAGACUCGUAGACUUCCGCCUAGUGGCCGGGAAAAGCGCUCCGCCAUUCGUAGGAUCCGCUGUCGUAGCAAGCGUGUAGCAGCGUUACAGCACACCACAAGUAAUACAAAUUUAGUCGAUUUAACUGGGUAAAAGUAUUCGAAGCAAAACGUUAACAUUCGUACCCGCAGUGACAGGCGUGCUGGACCGGAGUUGAUCAUUAUUUAGUUGUACCGGGUUUCGGGUGGUUCGCACUGUUGCGCUGGGAAGUUUCCUGGGCUUCGCUCAACGACAAAGAAGUAGGGUUGCGACUACUACGAAAACUAUUCAUUCCCUUACGAAAAAAAACGCGUUGCAACCUUGGUCCGGCUUACGCGUGAAGCAAAUUCGACCAAAGAGAGGAACCACGUGGCCAGGACACAGGACCAUCAAGCACCACGUGUGUGCCCGAUAUAGUAAACUUUGUUGGAUUGCUUGCUUCACCACACCACCGCCGUUCCGUUUUUGGGUCAGUUUGGAAGUCCAGCCUCCAGUCCAGUGGGCAUGCGACCGCCCACAUUGUAAGGGAAGGGCAUUUGAGCGCUUGUGUGUGUGUGUGUGGGGGGGCGUUCUUCUCGGAGCGUUAUUUUUCCCUUUUUUGUUUGUUUGUUUUGUAAUGUAAUUGUAGGCUUAGAUAUUUGUAUACACGACGGUAGAGUUAAUGCAAUUAUUUAUAUGGAAAUCGGUAGGCGCGGAAGAGUGGACAACUAGGUCCGGGUGUUGCGUACGGUAAGAGGCUCCCGCCCCCUGACCCACCUCAGUGUAAGGGCCCGGAAAGCGUUUGCAAUCAACCAAAAUCCAAGUGUAAGACAACUCAGUUACCACCACCAAAAGGGGAAGAAACACAAUUAGUGUGUAUGCAUGUGUGUGUGUUAGUGGGUUCGAAGAACCUCACCGGACAAAACAAAGAAGAAGAAAAAUAGAAACAUAAAAGCGCCGCGCGAGACGAUUCAGCAGGGCAGUUGACGUAAAGGUCGCGCCGUAAAGCAAUCAAAAGUCAAAGAAAGAAGAAAAAAUGUCACGCGCGCGCCGCCGUUCACGCAAAACUGUUACGGAUAUUAUAGGUUUCGUGCUUUUUUUUCCUGUUUUCCUUUCGGUUCGUUUCAAUUUUUAACACGUGUGUACCACCCACAGUAUUUCAAGGAAGGGCGCGCGCGCGCGCUCAUAGACAGGAGCAGUUCGAAUGUAGUCGACAAAUUUUCAAAGAUACGCUAAUUUGUAACCAGUGAACGGGGGUGGGAGAUGGGGCACGGGCGCACAGCACGUGCUGUCUGCUGGGCCCAAGUUUUGCUCUCUAAGCUGCCGUGUGUGUAGUUUUUGAAGGAACGGCCGGAAACAAAACCCGUAGAUUCUCUCUACCAGCAAGCUAAGAAAUAAAACACAUUCAAUACAUA